GGUAACUCAAUGGUGUGGUUUGGUCGUGGUGUCAUCGCUUGACGCUUGGUAGUGAUAGUGAUCGUUGUUGUACUUAUAUUUAGCCUUGAACACUUAUUGACAACUACGAAUUAUUUCUCCUAAUUGUGUUAUCCCACAAUUUGGCUAGCCCCCCUAAGCUUGGUUUGAUUUCGACAGUCGUGACAAAAUAUCUAAGUAUAACUUAGGCCGAGGCCUAGUUCAGCAAAAAGAGAGCGAUGACUUCCCAGAAAUUAUUAGUAAAAGAAAAGGCACCGGUAACCACACAUGUUAGUUUGGUGAAUCCAAACAUAUCAGUCACCAAUUCUGUUGAAUUUAUGAAGAAAAUGGUGGUUGUGUCACUUUCUUCAAUCGCUUUUCUUCGUGGUAUAUUCCCAUCUGACGUGUUCACAGAGAAAUUAAUAUCAAACCAGAGGGUUCACGUAUUAAAGGCAUCACACGAAAUUCCUGGGACGACCACUAUGAUAGGAUGGAUAAAGAGUGGGUUUGAUCUCGUCCACUCUCAUCACCUGAAGAAACUGAUGCUUAUCAUUGCAAAGAAGAAUGUCGUUCUAGAAGUUUAUACUUUUAAUUUCUCAUAUGAUCAUGAAGCUAUAAAUUGUGAUGUUAUGGGUGAAAUCGGUGGAAAAGAAGUACUGCUUGAACAAAGCCAGGGGUUGCCCGAAGACAUUUCCCAGUCAGUUAGACACUUGAUGCGUUCUAUACUGACUCAUUCCACAACUCUUUCUCCAUUGCCCAACGGUUGCGGCGUUUCAAUGAGACUCAUCAUUGAUGAAGAGAUUCCAGCAGAUUUGGUUCCAAAAUUUUUUGAGCAUUCUGAUGAUGACAAGUUGAAGUUUCCCUUCGAAGCAGAAACGCUCAAGCUUGGAAAAGUUCAGUCAAAAUACACUACCUUUUCUGUGUCAGCAAAGUCCUCUAUGAACAGGGAACUUGAUAGUGAAGAACUAUUAGCAGAAGAUGAAAUACCACCUCAGGAGGACUCAGAUGAGAUUGUGCUUCCUUCUCCGAAGGGAAGUUCUCAAGCAAGGCUAUCCCAGUUCAUCAAGAUCAAUCCGACAAAAAACAUAGAAGUUGUCAACAACUCAAGCAGCAGUGUUGGUACUAACCUAUCUGACAAACUAUCCAUGGUCAGUCUGCAAGAAAAGAGAGUGUGCUGCAUCUGUGAAUGCAGUGAUGUUUCAGAUGAAAUCAUCAAAUGCAGCUCGUGCUCACUAUUUCAACAUAAGGUAUGCUACAAGCUACAGAAAUGCCACCAAGUUGAUAGUCAUAUCUGUGUAAACUGCCACAACCCUGGGCUGGGAAAGACCUGCACUGUUCCUGACCUCCUCUCUGACAAUAACAGAAAGGAAGGAGCCCUUUACAGACAAGCACUCAUGGUCUGCUGCAACAACACUCAAGUGUCUUGCAACAAGCUAAUUACUACUCUCAAGGUGCCCCGACGCAUGGCUGAGAAACUCAUGCAAAGAUUAGAUUCUGAAGGGUGUUUCGAGCCGUCCAUCAACAAAGGGGGUAGUCGAAGAGUAAAAGAAGGUUUGAAGGAGAACAUUUUAGAUCGUCAUUUCAGUCAGCCUAAUUGUAGUGACAACCAGGAUAUGGAAACCGAACCCUCCUCCGCUGCAACAGUUAUCAACGUGAAGGUUGGAAAGAAAAACAAAAUUAGUGAGGUAAAUGAAAAUGUUCCUCAUGAACAGUCAGCUCCACAGCCUAAACGCCGCAAAAUUCUCUCAAAUAUCAAGAAUUUGUAAUUACCUUUUAUCUAAAUGUGUAUUAAGAAGCCGCUGCUAAUACAAACUACAACUACAGUAUAUUUAAUUAUUGUUUCUUAGUUGAUAUGAAUAAUGUUAUCGUGUAAUUUAUCUCGAUAUAUGGUUAAAAAUUGUAUUGAUAGGUCAGGUCUUAGAUAUAAUUUUGUAUUGUGUUACUUGAUUUAAUUUUGUGGAUUGGUAGUGAUCAUUAUUUAAAGUUGUUAUAAGUAUUUGAUAGAUAUAAAUACCUUUGAUUUUGAAAUAGCCACUAAACAAGCUUUAAUGGAAAGCUAUAAGUUAAGUAAAAAUAGGCUGAGUUAAUUAUGCUAAGGAGAAAAUAUCAUUUUGUUAAUUUUUCCCUUUAGGAAGAUCAGUAUUAGGAGUGUUUUUAAGUCAGAAAGAGGACAAACUACAACCUAAUAUGUGUGAGUUGUAGUUGUAGUACUAGUUUAACUUUCCUUGAUCCAAUGUCUUUGUUAGCAUUUUUUUAAUUGUUACUAGAUUUAGUUUUAGGAUGUUGAGAAAGCUCAAUGUUUAAAUUGCCUUUGAUAAAAUAGUUUGGAUAUAGAUUAUCUUAAAACUUUACUCUUUUCUAGUAUCCCAAGUUUUCAAAGAGCUAUGUUAAC